AUGGUGCGCAUCAUCCCCAACCGCCUCAAGCCCUCGUCAGGCAAUUCGACCACCAGCUCGACUGCCAACAGCCGUAGUGCCAGCCCUCAGCGUGGCGGCAAAGGCGACCCGGCUUUCAACCGAGACACGGGCCUGCAUGUUCAUGUGGUCAUCAUCAAGGCCCGCAAUCUGGCCGCAAAAGACCGGGGAGGCACAUCGGACCCAUACCUCGUCCUCUCGCUAGGCGAUGCGAAACAUGCCACGCAUUCGGUGUCCAAGACCCUUAACCCAGAAUGGAACGAGAUCUGCCAGCUGCCCGUCAACGGCGUCUCCAGCCUGAUCCUCGACGUUUGUUGCUGGGACAAGGACCGCUUUGGAAAGGAUUAUCUAGGCGAAUUCGACCUGGCCCUAGAGGAGAUAUUCGUCAACGACAAGACUGAGCAAGAGCCUCGCUGGUACCCUCUCAAGAGUAAGCGACCAGGUCGUAAGACGGGCGUGGUCUCAGGCGAGGUCCUCUUGCAAUUCACGCUCUUUGAUAUCACGGACCGAUCUGCCUCUAGCCAGCAGGUCAUGGAGAAAUUCAAUUCUUUUGUGCGCGCGACAACCCCCGACCCAGAGGAUGUCCCCCCGCGGGCACAACCCCGCGUUCCCGGCCUUGGACUACCCAAGUUGGGUGCGCGACGCGGAUCUUCCAACCCAGCCCCGACAUCUACCCCUGCCCUCACCCAGAAAACUAGCAAUACCGACGACUAUGAAGACGAGGACGCGUACGACGACGAGCCCGCAUUGGAGGACGAAGAUCCGUCCAAGCCAGAGACGGUAGAAAAGCGGAAGCGCCGGCUACGAAUUAAAGGACUCAAGAAAAAGCGACGCGAGAACCCCUACGAAUUCAUCAACGGUGGCGGUGACGUCCUGGGAAUUGUCUUCCUUGAGAUCAAGAAUAUCACCGACCUGCCACCUGAGUCUAAUUUAAUCAAGACCACAUUUGACAUGGAUCCGUUUGUUGUCACGUCGCUUGGCCGCAAGACUUUCCGUACAAAGACCAUCAACCACAACCUCAACCCGGUCUUUAACGAGAAGAUGAUCUACCAAGUCUUGGCCCACGAGCAAACCUACUCCUUCUCCUUCACCGUCAUUGACCGCGACAAGUACUCAGGGAACGACUUCAUCGCAUCUGCAUCGUUGCCGCUCAAAGAGUUCAUUGACCGCGCUCCCAAGGCCGACCCCGAGACCGGGCUAUACGACCUCCGCGAGCCGCCCGAGUAUGUCCCACUUGCCCAGCGUGGACGCUUCAAGCGCCUCGGUCUGUCCCGAUCGUCUUCGUCACAAAGCCUGACCAAAAUGUCACGCCCAACCCCGACAAAGACUCCUUCCGCCUCUGCGAUGAGCAGUGGAGCAACUGCACUCGAGUACCAGGCCCCCGAAGUUUCUGGCGUGUCUGACCCGUCGGGUCCGCAAGGCGACAUCACAGACACGCCCCAGGUGACAACCCCGUCGGAAGUCGCUGUUUCUGACCCGAUGGCGUCACCUGGCCUCACAAAGCAGAUUAGCGGAGGCGGUUUACUGACCGCUGAAGGGAACACUUGUAGUGGCAGCUCACCGACAUCAUCAAUGGGCGAGUCGGGUGCUGUAGACAGUGAUGAACCAGGCUUCACAACAUUCACACUACCACUAAAGAUGAAGAACCUGGAAAAGUGGGAGGACAAGCACAACCCGCAACUGUUUAUCCGGGCGAAGUACAUGCCCUACCCGGCCCUGCGUCAGCAAUUUUGGCGUGCCAUGUUGAAGCAGUACGAUACCGACGAGAGUGGCAAGAUCAGCAAGGUGGAGCUGAGCACGAUGCUUGAUACACUUGGGUCGACGCUGCGGGAAUCUACCAUUGACAGCUUCUUCCAACGCUUUAAGAAGACACCUGGCAGUGGCAGCGGUAGCGACGAUGAUUGGGCCGAUUUGACCAUUGAUGAGACUGUUAUUUGCCUGGAGGAUCAACUUGACGCGAAACCGAAGCCUCAGCAGUCGGUGUCAGUUACGGACAAAAUCAAGGAUGCGCUCCCUGACAGCGUCGUCGAGAAGGUCAAGCCCGCCGUGUCUCUUGCUAUUUCAGGGCAGUCAGCAAACGUUCCCGAAGCCGACGCCCCCACGGCAUCUUUGACAAGCGCGUCAGGUAGCCCAGAGAUCCCUGCCCAGAAUUCAUAUGAUGCCGAGAUGCUGGGCCGUGAGGACCUCGAUGAACGUGGUGGCGAGGAGCAUGUUGUGGAAAUUCGUGAGUGCCCAAUCUGCCACCAGCCGCGUCUCAACAAGCGCAAGGAUACCGACAUCAUCACCCACAUUGCCACCUGUGCGAGCCAAGACUGGCGGCAGGUGAACAACUUGGUCAUGGGCGGGUUUGUCACCUCCAGCCAGGCACAGCGCAAGUGGUACUCCAAGGUGAUCACGAAGAUUUCGUACGGUGGUUACAAGAUUGGAGCCAACUCGGCGAAUAUCCUUGUCCAGGACCGUAUAACGGGCCAGAUUAACGAGGAGAAGAUGAGUGUGUACGUGCGCCUCGGCAUUCGACUUCUUUACAAAGGCCUGCGAUCGAACAACAUGGAGAACAAGCGAAUCCGCAAACUUCUCAAGGGCCUCAGCGUCAAGCAGGGACGGAAGUAUGACGACCCUAUCUCUAAACAAGAGAUUCAAAAAUUUAUCAACUUUCACCAACUGGACAUGUCGGAAGUCCUUCUUCCUCUAGACGAGUUUAAGACCUUCAAUGAGUUCUUCUAUCGGGCUCUGAAGCCGGACGCACGGCCCUGUUCGGCUCCAAACAACCCUCGUAUUAUUGUGUCCCCAGCAGACUGCCGAUCUGUGGUGUUCAACCGCGUCGAUGCGGCUACCAAAGUGUGGAUCAAAGGUCGCGAGUUCUCUGUCAAACGCCUUUUGGGUGACGUGUCUGCAGAAGAGGCCAGUCGAUACGAGAAUGGCGCACUCGGUAUCUUCCGGUUGGCACCGCAAGACUACCACCGCUUUCACAUUCCCGUCGACGGCGUUCUGGGCAAGCCGAGAUUGAUUGCUGGCGAGUACUACACAGUCAACCCCAUGGCGAUCCGAUCGGCUCUAGACGUGUACGGCGAGAACGUGCGCGUAGUUGUGCCGAUUGAGAGCGAGACUCACGGGCGUGUGAUGGUUGUCUGUGUGGGCGCGAUGAUGGUGGGUAGCACCGUGAUUACUCGUAAAGAGGGCGAGCAAGUUAAGCGCGCGGAGGAGCUGGGCUAUUUCAAGUUUGGCGGCAGCACACUGGUGCUGUUGUUUGAAGAGGGCCGCAUGAAGUUUGACGACGACCUUGUGGAGAACUCGAGCGGUGCACUGGAGACGCUGAUCCGGGUGGGCAUGUCGGUAGGCCAUUCUCCUAACGAGCCGCAGUGGGGACAGGAUAUGCCCAAGAACGAGACAGAGGUUACGGAGCAAGACAAGAUCGAGGCCAAGCGCCGCAUCCAGGGCAGCACUAUGGCGGAGGAUAUUACACCCGAGGACAGUGGCGGGGACGAUCUGCUGUCGUAA